AUGGCUCAACAACACGCCGUCAAGCUGAUCCUGUUCCUCAAAAGAAAGCCAGGAAUCAGCCCCGUCGAAUUCGAAGACUACUACGAAAAGAACCAUGUUCCCCUCAUUGAACAAAUGUUCCCGUCCUGCAUUCAACGGUACACACGCAACUACAUUCAGCAGGAGAGCGCGAUUGAAGGACGUGCAGGAGGGUCAGACGAGGCAUUCUCCGACGUGGUGACCGAAGUGUGGUUUGAGACCGAGGCCGAUUUUGCAGAUUUCCAGCGCCGCCUCGGAGACCCUGCGAUUCAGGGGCCUCUGUUUGCCGAUGAGGCAAAUUUCAUCGAUCGUUCAACCAUAAAAUUCUACCUCGUCAGGGAAAAGUCUUCGCAUUAUAAGGGAUGA